GUUAAGUUUAAAGUGUUGAGAUCUUCAAGAAAUUAAAAGGGAACUAUUGUGCAUUUUCUGUGAGGUGUAAACUUUUAAAGAAUGGCAGUAGUGAUCCGCUUAGAGGGGCUUCCUGUUGUUGCUGGUUCAGUUGAUAUUCGGCAUUUCUUUUCUGGACUAAAUAUCCCUGAUGGAGGUGUGCACAUUAUUGGUGGUAAAACCGGCAAAGCCUUUAUUAUAUUUGCAACAGAUGAAGAUGCCAGACGUGCUAUGAGUCGAACAGGUGGUGGUGUUAAGAAUUCGCGAGUUCAGCUUUUCCUUAGCAGCAAGACAGAAAUGCAAAAUACUUUGGAAAUGAGUCGUAGAGGUAACAGAAAGCAUCCAGCAGUACCACCUGGUAGUGAUACGUUUGGUGCAAAGAAAGGAGUCGACUAUAACAAAAAAUUUGACAAAGGCAUAAUUGAACCUGGUCUAGACAACAGUGGGAUAAAACACAAUGAAGUAUACACAGGAAGGUAUGACAGGAGAGAAGCAAAACCUUCUAAAGAACCUGAUGAUGUUUAUGUAUUUAUGUAUGGGCUUCCAUACAGUGCAACAGAGGAAGAGGUCAGGAAAUUUUUCAGUGGCAUAGAUGUAGUUGAGGUUCUCUUCCUAUUGCGUCCAAAUGGCCUUAGAAAUGGAAAUGGUCUCGUGAAAUUUGGAAGUGCAAAGGAUGCAUCUGCAGCCCUGGAACGUCAUAAUCAAUAUAUUGGAGACAGAUUUAUCUCUCUAAAGAAGACAACCGAAGAGCAGUGGGUUACUGCUGGUGGGCAAGUAGGAGUACCACAUUCCAAGCAACCCAGGAAACGAAGGUCAAGGUCCAGAUCGCCACAAAAUCAGCAGUUUUACGUACACUUGAAGAAUUUAUCAUAUAGUGUGGAGAAAGAGGAUAUUAAGCGUUUUUUGGGUUUCCCUGACCUCCCAGAUUCACAGAUCAAGUUCUUGCUUGACAGGCACCAGAACAGAACAAGAGAAGGCUUUGUCAUGGUAAGAAACGGAUGGCAGUUUGAAAAGUGCAUCACUUUGCACAAAGGUAAUCUCGGUGGUCGGCCAAUCUUUAUACUUCCAAUUCCUCGAAAAGAAAUGUUGGAUUUGAUAGAGUCCUUUGAAAGUCGGUCUCCUCCUAAAGUGGAGAGUUUUAUUGGUGAUUGUCCAAGCAGAGAGCGUUCCCCCACGAAAAGAUGUAUAUACUUGAGGAAUUUUCCUUUUGAUGUAACCAAAGCUGAAGUUCUUCGAUUCUUAGCUGGAUUUCCCGUGCAUGAAGAUGAUAUUUACUUGCUUUUUGACAACAAUGGAGUCGGACUUGGGGAAGCAUUGGUAAAAUUUCCCACUGAACAGCAAGCUUUACUUGCAGAAAGCUUAAAUCGCCAACGAUUCUUGGAUACGGAAGUUCUCCUGAGACGUAUAUCUGAUGAGCAGAUGAAGGAAUUUGGUGUCUUUAUUGAAAAACCAGUGGAAAAUGUUUUGGCCCGUUCACCAAUGUACAGAGAUGAGUAUAGUGCACGUGAACGGUCUUAUGGGCUACAUGAUGACUUGGCAUAUGGUCAUAGAGAUUUUAGAGGUUCUCCAGAAAGGUUUAGAGGCUCUAACUCAUUGGAUUUUGUUGGUCCAGAUGAAUUUGCUGGAAGGUUUGACAGAGGAAGCCAAAAUAAUAUUGAUUACCACCAUUCUAUACCAUACCGUAGCCAGAGUUUGGAAGGCAGGCCAGCAGGUGCUAUUGUACGUAUGAAGAAUCUGCCAUACAAAGCCACUAUGGAAGAAAUUUUAGAUUUUUUCUAUGGUUACAGAGUCACUCGUGAUUCGGUAGAUGUCAAGUUCACAAAGGAUGGAAUGGCAACAGGGCUUGCCACAGUCUACUUUGAAAACUAUGAUGAGGCAAUGGCUGCUGUCAAUGAACUUAAUGAAAGGCCCAUUGGAACACGCAAAAUUCUCUUAUCUUUGACAGAAAAUUGAAAGAAUUGUUUGAUUUGGAAAUGUC